AUGCAUCUUGUACGUACGGCUCCAAAGCGUUUCUUAAAAAUUAAGAGAUUUCGGAGAACCCUAAAAUCCUCUAAAGCUCUUCAGCCUCCGUUUCUCCCAAAUCUCCUACGUCUCAUUCCUUACUCUCUUCGAUCUCCGGCAGGCCUCCGUAACCACCAGCCUCCUGACGCCGUCGCUACGUCCACCCUCCUGAUGUCGUCGUUACCUCCUAGACCUUCUAUCGGUAAGUUGAUGUCCCUCCCCACCUAUUUUCUUGUAUCUGCGUGGGUUUCCUUUGCUCGAUUUGAGUUUUGGGAACCUCUAUUUCCUAUUUGUGAGGUUGUAUGUGUUGCGGGUUUCCAUUCACUUUUUGACGGAAGAGCUGACUGGUGGUGCAGAAACACCAUACCGCUGGGAAAUGCUCAAAAACUGGUUGUAACCCAAGGGAAGGCAAAGGAAGGGAUCUGCCACUCAGGUGGUAGAAGGAACGAAGUGGAAAAGAGGAAGAGAGGGGUGGGUGGUGUUGUUUUGUACUGGUCUUCAAGUUCUAAUAGGUUUGGGUUUUAUUUAUGCUUGUAUUUUAUGGGGUGGAAUACAUGGCCUUGAUUGGCUUGGCCUUGAUUCACGUAUAUAUAUAUUUUUGUAUUUUAAUUACUUUACAGUAGCAUGUGGUAUUAAGAAUAAUUCAAAGUAGAAUGUUAAUGAUAAAAAAUCCAUGAAAGUAUGUUACUAUUAGUUGCAGUUAACACUGAUCUCUUUUUUGUGAUGUUGAAUAAUCGUUAUUUCUUUUGUUAG